CGCACACACACACUGCUCACUUCAAGGCUCUUUCCCGGAGGAAGUCUGAUGAAAACUUUUCACCCAUUUGUCAAGAGAGCUGCGGAGGGGCUGUGGACCCCCCUCUGAGGGUGUCGCUGCAUUAGAUGCCAUUUGCUCUCCAUCAGUGCGGGAAUUAGGAAUUGGGAAGUGAUUGGAGGUCGCAGCAUGCUUUGGAUGUGGGGAGCCGUGCUGCUGUCACUUUGCUCCGGUGCUGAAUGGAGAGCUCGUAGCUGCAAUGAGGUCAGACAGGCGUACAGCGCUAAGGGAUUCAGCCUGGUCAGUGUCCCCUACCAGCAGAUAGCAGGGGAUCAUCUGCAUGUCUGUUCUCAGGAAUACACAUGCUGCACAACUGAAAUGGAGGAUAAACUCAGUCAUCAAAGUCAGCUGGAAUUUGACAAUAUAGUACAAGAAACAAGCCAUUUUGUCCGCACUGCAGUCACAGUAUGGCAUAGAAAGUUUGAUGAAUCUUUCAAGUCACUUCUGGAAAAUGCACAAAGAUCCCUAAAUGAAAUAUUUGUAAGGACAUAUGGGCUUUUGUACACACAGAAUUCGGAGGUAUUCCAGGAUUUAUUGAUGGAGCUCAGACGUUACUAUACAGGAGGAAAUGUCAAUUUGGAAGAAAUGCUAAAUGAUUUUUGGGCCCGUCUUCUGGAACGCAUGUUUCAGCUGAUAAAUCCUCAAUAUCAUUUCUCAGAAGAAUAUCUUGAGUGUGUAAGCAAGUAUAUUGACCAGCUGAAACCAUUUGGAGAAGUACCAAGGAAGCUAAAAGCCCAAGUAACUAAAGCUUUUGUUGCAGCUCGAACCUUUGUCCAAGGUCUUGCCGUAGGCCGAGAGGUUAUCAAUAGGGUAUCUAAGCUCAGCCCAAAUGCAGGGUGUACCCGGGCACUCCUGAAGAUGCUCUACUGUCCGUACUGUCGUGGACUUCCCACACUGAAACCUUGUCACAACUACUGUCUCAAUGUGAUGAAAGGCUGCUUGGCUAAUCAGGCUGAUUUGGACGUUGAAUGGAAUCUCUUUGUUGAUGCUAUGCUGCUUGUUGCUGACAGAUUGGAGGGGCCAUUCAAUAUAGAGUCAGUUAUGGAUCCUAUCGAUGCAAAGAUAUCUGAAACCAUCAUGAUCCUGCAAGAAAACAGUGCGCAGGUGUCAGGAAAGGUGUUUCUUGGAUGUGGUCAACCUAAAUCGCUUCGUUCUUUGAGGACACUAAGAUCAUUUCCGGGAAGAUAUAACAUGUACUUUAAACCGUAUAGUUUACAUGAAAAACCAACAACUGCUGUUGGUACCAGCAUGGAUCGAUUGAGGAGCGUGUGGAGGAUGAUGCAGUAUCGUGUAACAGAAGUCAAAGACAGACUGAAGAUUUCAAGGAAAAUGUGGUCAAACCUUCCUCACUCUAUCUGUAAAGAAGAAAGAAUAACAGGAAGAGAAUCAAAUGAAGAGCAGUGCUGGAAUGGACACAGCAAAGCCCCGUAUCUCCCUGAAGUAAUGACUGAUGGCUUGAUAAAUCAGAUCAAUAAUCCGGAGGUGGAUGUAGACAUCACAAGGCCGGACACAUUUGUAAGGCAGCAAAUAAUGGCGCUACGAACAGCUACAAACAAACUGAAGAAUGCUCUUAAUGGAAAUGAUGUUAAUUUUCAAGAUACAAGUGAAGAGACCAGUGGCUCGGGAAGUGGCAGUGGUUGUACUGAUGAUAUUUGUCCUACAGAGAAUGACUACAUUACCACAGAAGCUCCACCAUUUGAACCAGACAGACGGGAGUUUGAGUAUUCUGCAGCAUCUGCUCACCGGCAAACACAUCUUAUACUGUUCUCACCCUUUAUCCUAGUCUUGGUGAGACAAUGGAGAUAAUUUAGACAUUUUAAGGAAUAAAAACUGUUUUAGUUAUGGAAAAAGUCGAUUUUCUUUUUUUAAUACACUACUGGACAAUGGACCAUUCCCCUCAAAUAUUGACAAUUUUUUACUUACAUCUUAAUACUCUUCCUUUCUGUACUAAAAAGGAAACCCAGCCCUAAGAGAAAAACCUGCAUUUUGCUUAAAUGUAUGUCUAAACCAUGCGAUCAGAAAACCUUCUUUUAGGGCAAGUAAGCUAAAACGAGUCUAAAAAAUACAAAUUUGUGCUAA